CGCAACCAGUUUGCAGACCAGAGGGUGACCCGGAGGAUGGCGGCCGGCUCGGCCCUAUUCCUGGCCCUGUGGCUGCUACUGCUGCCAGUGGGGGUGGGAGGGGCAGGGCCUCCGCCGAUCCAGGACGGCGAGUUCACGUUCUUGUUGCCCGCGGGGAGGAAGCAGUGCUUCUACCAGUCCGCGCCGGCCAACGCAAGCCUCGAGGCCGAGUACCAGGUGAUCGGAGGUGCUGGUCUGGACGUGGAUUUCACGUUGGAGAGCCCUCAGGGUGUGCUGUUGGUCAGUGAGUCCCGCAAGGCUGACGGGGUGCACACCGUGGAGCCUACAGAGGCCGGGGACUACAAGCUGUGCUUUGACAACUCCUUUAGCACCAUCUCCGAGAAACUGGUGUUCUUCGAGCUCAUCUUUGACAGCUUGCAAGAUGAUGAGGAGGUGGAGGGCUGGGCAGAGGCUGUGGAGCCAGAGGAGAUGCUGGAUGUCAAAAUGGAGGACAUCAAGGAAUCCAUUGAGACCAUGAGGACCCGGCUGGAACGCAGCAUCCAGAUGCUCACACUGCUGCGGGCCUUCGAGGCUCGGGACCGCAACUUGCAGGAAGGCAACCUGGAGCGGGUCAACUUCUGGUCAGCUGUCAAUGUAGCAGUGCUGCUGCUGGUGGCCGUGCUGCAAGUCUGCACGCUCAAGCGCUUCUUCCAGGACAAGCACCCAGUACCCACGUAGCCCCUGCACUGGAGGAAAAACUGGAAAAAGGGGCAGUGGGUGUGUGCGGGUGUGAAUUGGGGGUUUCUCCCCAUGUAGCUUCCUGUAGGAGGGGAGACUAUGCAGUGACAACCACAAGUGUGGCCCCACGCGUUUCCUCCUUUCCUGGGUUGUGCAGAGAGCACCACUGGCUUGCAAACCUGGGCCCUCCAAAGGGGCAGCGCAGCGUCUGCUUCUACUUUCCUGGAAAUUGUGCACGGUGGGAGUUGCAGUAUUUGAAUGCAACCCUUGGAUUUCCUGGCCCCACCCCCUGUAAAUGUGCCUUAGCUCAAGUCUUCUAGCCUGCACCAGCACCACCUGGAGGAGGACAGGACCAGGAAGCGGACUUCCCCUGUGUCCCCACCUGGACCCUCCAAGCCAGCUCAUGGUGGGAGGGUGCCUGCUGCUUGUGGGACCCUACGCCUUAGUUUCUCUUUUAGGCUGGGGGUGGCCUGCCCGUGCCAGGGGUUGAAAAGGAGACACGCCUGCAGAAUUCUUGCCAGGAUAGUCACUUUAUUUGACAGGAAGGGGCCCUGGCCCCUCGGCCCAGCGGGGGGCCUGCUGGGUAUGAGGUCUGGUAACAGAACUCCAGGAGAUGGCCUGCAGGACCACCCUCCCCUCCCCCUGCAUGGGGCUCUGACAGGGCUGAGGGUGGUCUGGCCAAAGCCGGUGCAGGAGCCCCAAGGAACAAAGGGUGGUCCAGCCUGCAUACUGGAGUCAAUAAAUUAUGGUCAGAAAAUCACAGAGCCUGGUGAUUGG